CGGCCGCAAGACUGUCUCCGGUCUCCCCUUCCCAGUGCGGGCAGGUAAUGGAGGAAGUUGACUCUUAAGCAACAAAUCAAUUAUAUGGUAAGACAAGAGAUUAGAGCCCAGGGCUCAUCUGCUGCAAAUUGGAUCAGGGCUGAUUAGCGGAGUUUAGGGUGACGUACUGCAACUUUGUGGCUCGAUCACUCGGCUACUCGCUUGGCUACCUCCUUUUGCAGGAAAAAGAUCCACCCGGAAUAGCUGUGUAGCCCACCAUCCUGUCAUUUUGAGGGAUUUUAUGUGAAUAUUUUUGGGUGGAAUUUUGGGUGGCAGACUCCUCUGCCCACCCAGCACUAUGGACUUUCCUGAUUUGAGGGUGGUCAGAAUGGAUAUGAAGAGGGAAACGCUUGCCAAAACACAUUCUGCAGCUCCUUUCUGGAAUGGAUUACAAUUUUCCAACUGAAACUCUCCACAGGAACAUAGUUACCUAAGGUCAACUGAAAUCCUUACCUGUUACAUAAUAAAAAAAACAUUGAAAAAAUAGCUUAGAAUCUUUUGUAAAUUCAAAUUUGUUUCUUUAAAAAAAAUCAAAUUUUGAUUUGGGAAUAGCAUACACUCUGAGGUAAGCAUGGCGUUGAUGAAGGUAAAGUUUGACUUGCCCAAGCGGGUGAAGCUUGCCCAGGGCCUAUGGCUCAUGUACUGGCUGGCAGUGAUGACCGGCAUCCUGGUCUUCAGCCUGGGGCUGUUCUUUAAGAUCGAGCUUCGGAAGAGGAGUGAGAUGAUGAACAACAACGAAAGCCAUUUUGUGCCCAACCUGUUGAUCCUAGUAGGCCUAGCUGCUUGCGGGCUCAAUGUUUUUGGCGGCAAAGUGUGCCACGACUCUCUGGAUGCUAUAAAGUUCGCCAAGUGGAAGCCCAUGGUCAAGGGCUACCUGAUGGGCUGCUUCGCUUUCAACAUCCUCCUGUUCUUCACAGCUCUGCUGUGCUUCUGCAUGCAGUUCCAGCUGUACUUCGCCCUGGCCGAGGGUCUGAAGAAUGGGAUCAAAUUCUACAAGGAUACGGAUACACCUGGACGCUGCUUCAUGAAGAGGACGCUGGACAUGACCCAGAUCGAGUUCCGCUGCUGUGGCAACAACAACUAUAGGGAUUGGUUUGUGGUCCAGUGGAUCAGCAACCGCUAUCUGGACUUCAGCAACGAUGAAGUCAAAGACCGUGUCCUGAGCAACGUGGAGGGGAAGUUCCUGAUGGAGAGUGUACCGUUCAGCUGCUGCAACCCCGGCUCCCCCAGACCCUGCAUCCAGCACCAACUGACCAACAACUCAGCCCACUAUGACUACGACCACCACACCGAGGAGCUCAACAUCUGGACCCGGGGCUGCCGCGAGUCCCUGGUCGCCUACUACGGAGGCAUGAUGAACAGCAUCGGGAGCCUGAUGCUACUGUACAUCAUACUGGAGGCAGGAGUGAUGGUGGGCUUACAGUACCUGACCACUUCUCUGGAGACCAUGGCAGACCCAGAGAACCCGGAGAGUGAGAGCGAGGGCUGGCUCCUGGAGAAGAGUGUGAAGGAGACGGUGGCGGACUUCAUAGCAACGAUCAAGGGUCUGGCCGGUGCAGGGAACCAGGUGGGGGAGGGUGAGGAGGCGGUGGCCACUGUGAGUUGAGAGGGUCCCACCCAAAGGGACUGAGGCUUGUCCUAUCGAUGGGAGCUCAAAGAGAAAGAGGAGAGAGAUCUUCUCAGUGAAACGACGCACACACGAUCAAACGAAUGUAAACACAUGAAAACAAAUGCGUACGCAAACAUACACACACAGACACAAACAUUGACACACAUGCACACACCCUUUGAAAAGUGAAGAACUUAACCAACUGCUCAGAUGAAGUAAGAACCAAACUCAAAAAUGUGAAUGUAUAUCCUGUCCAUAAUAAUUAUGUAUAUAUGUUAUUCAUUCUUUUUUUUCUUUUCUUUUUUAAAUAAUGAAAAAUAUAUUUGGGUUGUCAAAACAUCUGUACAGUAUACAUGAAUUUGGGCUUGUGAAUAUGAAGAAAAUGUCCUGAAUGAAUAAUUAUCUCCUCCCCUGCCUGGCAAUCCUCUCCAUGAAAAACGAUGGGCAGACCCUGAGACCAUCAAGCCUAAUACAGUUUCUAUAUGCUCAUAUCUAAUAGUUUUACUCCUAUGUCCUUGUUACACUCCACAACUCGUGUUGCGUGGACAUGUAACCUGACAGGCACACAAAUAUAUAUGUAGUUCUGUGAAGUAAUUUAGUCUGCUCAAUUCAAUCGACUCCAAAACUCAACAUUACCAGUGUGCCCAAUGCAACCCGGUCAAAUGUCCCCUUAUGGCAGCUUAAAUUGGGUAGCUGCGGAACUGGGGUCCUGGCUGUCCCAGCCCCCUGUCCCUGUCACUCAGGUCCUGGCAGUGCAGGGCCAUAUGCAUUCACACCUAUACAACACACACUUUUACAUUAAUUCGUUACGUAUCAGUGUUGCUAUCGGGUUAUAUGUCUGCUUCGUGUACGAGGCGGUUUUAACUCUGGUUUUGUACUCCUUUGAGGGGAUACAGUGGGCUGAGUGGCCAGAUGAAGUGCUGGGGGAACUUAGAAGGAGAAUGUUCUGUACUUUUUGGAGAGCGAAAUAUGAUCCGAUUGGCAGUUUAAAAUCAGCGUUCCUUGUGUGAGUACAUAGAUACGGGUCAGUUUUCCGUGGAUACAAAAAGUCUUAUCAGUUGUAAUAUUUUUACUUUCUGUGUGACCAUUUUUCUUCCUUUGUAAUAUUGAGAGUUAAUAUUUUCUGUAAAUGUGGAUUUUGAUCAGCAAAACUGUCAGUCUUGUGGGUUGGCUGGAGAAUUUAGCAGCUCCACUGUGUAAGAUAAAGAUAUAUAAUGAGAACAAGAGUAUGAUUGUCCG